CUCUAUUCAGAGCUCCAAAAGAAUUAUCAUACAUUUCCACUCAACCAGCUGAGAUUUUCCAGGUGCUUUCAGUGAUGCUGGAAGACUACAACAAUCGCUGGAUGACCUCCAAGAAUGCUUCAUGUGAAGCUAAUAGUAACUGGAGAUGACUUUGGCUACUGUCCUCGGAGAAACCAAGGCAUCGUGGACUGCUUCCUGGCUGGUGCAGUAUCUAACGUGUCCCUCCUAGUCAACGGAAGUGCUGCAGCAGAUGCAGCCGAGCUGGCACGGAGAUAUAACAUCCCAAUAGGCCUCCAUGCCAACCUUUCCGAGGGCUCUCCUGUGUGUGAGGCACUCAAAACAAACUCUUCACUGCUCAACCAAGAUGGAUUUUUCCAUGGGAAAAUGGGAUUCAGAACAGCACUAUCAAAAGGUCUCCUGAAUAUGUCAGAGGUAAAGCAGGAGCUAAAGGCCCAAGUGGAGCUGUUCCAUGAGCUGACAGGUCACCUACCUCCUCACAUGGAUGGGCACCAGCAUGUCCAUGUCCUCCCAGAGGUCAGGCACGUAUUUGCAGAGGUGUUAGAAGAAUAUGGGAUUAAGUACACACGUGUUCCAAUAGAGCCAGGCCUCCAUAAAUGUGACUGGAUUUCACCAUCCCUGAUGGAGUUUUACCUGGGAGUGGAAGAGGAUUCUUUUAACACAGUGGAUGUGUUUACAAGUCAUGGAAUAAGGUGGCCAGACAUUUACAUAGGGUUGACCACCAUGGGCAAGAACAUGUCUGUCAGUAACAUCUGGAGCACCAUCGACAGUGCCAUCACGGAGUUCACGUCCAAGGCACCCUCACCCACAGCCCCACCACCACAGAGCAGGACCGUAACGAUCGAACUGAUGGUGCAUCCCGGGUACCCCAGUGUCCCACCCGUCGGCGGCUGCGGGGAAGGACCCGAUGACUUCUCGCAGUCCUGGGAGCGCCUCCAUGAACUCCAGACAUUAAUCAAUCCAGAGCUGCAGAGCCAUUACAAAACCAGGAACAUUCAGCUUUGUUCCUUCCAAGAUCUUUAGGCAAGCGACCAUACACACCUCUGUUCAGACCUGCAAGCCAGUUACCAGUGCAGUACCUCCUGGUGCAGCUGACAGGAGAAUGAACAGCCUGGGGACAGCAGCAGUGUCCAUGGAAGAACACCACCGUCAGCAGCUACAGGUAGCACCCCGGUGCCCUGACCAGCAGAUUUUAGGUCACAGCCCCUGCUCUGAAGGUGACAGACCUCCCCUGCACCCCAUAGCCCUGCACUCUUCCAGCAGUGUGGCAGCCAAGUCCCAGCCCUCCUCCCAGGGCCCAGCUCUUAUGAC